CUUUGUAUGAUCAGUAAUAAUUGGUCAACAUUUGUUUAUUAUUUGUUCCAAGCUGGUGCUUUUAUUUUGAAAGGUUUAAACCGGAAAUCGGUUGUUGUAAACAGGCAGAAGUAGUGCUAACUCUAGCGAGCAGAGAGGUGGUGUGCUCCACGGUUUAAACGGCAAAUAUUGCGGACUUUAAGGGUAUUUUGGCGCCUGGUUGAUAGGGGAACAAGCUCUUACGGUGUGUUCACACGCAAGGCUGUUAAAUAAAAGGACUGUGAACCAUCAGUUUGAGAGACCAUCUUUUCAACCGGGAUGCUACAGUAAGAGCUUGACCCAAGCUGAGAAGAGCUUCUUUACAAGGUGAGAGGAAGUUCAUCCCACGCUCAGCACUGAGGUCCCAGUUAAAACCACUUUAAGGUUCCAGUUCCACGGCUCCAAUCAAGAUCCUCUGGGAUCCAAUGAUCAGCUGCAUUACCCUACCCUCAGAAUGGAAACGCCUGAAAAAGAAACUGGAUUUACAGAGGACCUCCGAAUCAAUGAGGAAGAGGAGCCUUCAUGCUCUGUUCGUCAGAGGAGGCCUACAGAGAAAAUGCAAGCAUAUCAAAAGGAGGAGGCCCAUAAAAAGGAAAAACGACUUCACAGAGUUUAUGACGAAUGGAAAAAACAAGUACGUGCAACACGAGACCAAUUAAAAGGAGACCUAACAAACAGUCAAAUCGCUUCACUCAUGGACAUCUUGGAGAAGGAAAGAGAUAAAGUCAUAAAGGUAUAUACAGAAAUUAGAGAAAACAUUACUCCUUCUAGUGACACAAGGCGACUUAUAGAUGCAUGUGAAGCAGUUUCCAAUGAUAUUAUUAAGGUUGCACAUGAAAGACUCUCAGGCAUAGAUGAAUAUGACAGUGGCAAAGUGAAGACACGCCUACGUGAGCUUCUUCACCCAGACUAUGCUCAGUCCAUUUACAGUUCCUCAGCCACACACUCAAGUAAACACUCAUCUGCUAGUAAGUCAAGCUCUGGAAGGUCAGUAGUAGCUGUAAAGAGAGCAGAAGCUGCAGCAGAAUUGGCUGCCAAGGAAGCCGAGUAUAAAGUAAUCAUGGAAGAAGAAAAACAAAAGGAAAGGAUUCAACUUCUGGAAGAAAGACAGAGGAGGGAGCUUGAAUCUCAAAAACGUGAACUAGAGAGACUGAAGGCUGAAAAGGAGUUAAAGGCUGCACGUGCGAGGCUAUUGACCUACGAUCAGGAGAUAAAGAGUGAGAGCAGUGUUCAUGUUGACUGUGGCAGAGCUCCUCAGAGGCCUCCAACAAUUUCAUCUCCUAUUAAAAUCCCGAAUAGUAAAGUUGUGUCCACCUCACCUCCACAAGCAGACGUCCUUUACUUGGCCCAAGCAUUGCAGGACAGUGUUGCUAUGAACCGACUGCCAAUGCCAGAACCCUCCACAUUCACAGGUGAUCCAAUAGAGUUCAUCGAGUGGAAAGCUUCAUUUUCUGCACUCAUUGAUACAAAGAACAUUUCACCUGCGGAUAAGCUGCACUACUUAAAGAAAUAUGUAGGAGGUUCCGCUAGAACAAUGCUUGAUGGCAUCUUCUACAGAAAUGACAGUGAUGCAUACCAGGAUGCAUGGGAACGCCUCAACCAAAGGUAUGGACACCCAUUUGUUGUACAGAAAGCAUACAGAGAAAGAUUAUCAAAAUGGCCGAAGAUACAAACAAAUGACUCUAUAGGAUUUAGAGCAUUUGCUGAUUUUAUUCAAACAUGUUAUGAAGCUAUGCCCCACGUAGAAGGUUUGGACAUUCUAAACAAUUGUGAGGAGAACCAAAAACUUAUUCAAAAAUUACCAAACUGGGCAGCUGCAAGGUGGAACCGUCAAGCUACUCAACACUUAAAAGAAAGCGGGAGGUUUCCAAGCCUAGAACACUUUGCUGAGUUCAUGUCUUCUGAAGCAGAGAUAGUGUGCAAUCCAAUCACAUCAUUUCAGGCUCUCCACUCUACAGACUUCACAAAAUCACCAAUAAAGGUUACCAAAAGGAAAAAAGACCCGCCUCCAGUGUUCUACAUACACAGGUGUUAACAGAGGCUGAAAAUACAAAGCAAAGGUCAAAUGUUAAACCGCCAUGCAUGCUCUGUCGAGACAACGCACACAAACUUUACAGUUGCCCUCAGUUCAAAGUCAAAUCACUCGAAGAACGACGGAAGUACAUAAAGGAUAAAAGGCUUUGUUAUGGCUGUCUCAAACCCGGCCACAGUGCAAAGGACUGUCGCUGCCGGCUCGUAUGUGAAAUGUGUAACAAAAAACACCCCACCUGUUUGCACGACUUCAACUAUGACAAUAAUAGAUCAGCCGCAAACCCUAUUUCGACCAACAUGGAACAGGCUGCAACUACCCUGUCUCUGAAUGCAGAAACCAAGGAACAAUCUGUAAGCACUUCCAUGAUUGUACCAGUAUGGGUUUCUUCAGAACAACAACCAGGUAAAGAAAUGCUUGUUUAUGCACUCUUAGACACUCAAAGUGACACCGUCUUCAUUGACCAAGAUGUGUAACAAUAUCAAGGCUAAGUCUACUCCUGUAAAGCUAAGGCUCACUACAAUGCUUGGUAAAGAUGCUGUUGUACAAAGUGAACGUGUUUCAGGGCUGAAGGUGAGAGGCUACAACUCCUCAGAAAUGAUUGAACUCCCUCCUGCGUACACAAAAGACUGCAUACUUGUUAACCGCUCUCACAUUCCUUCCUGUGAAAUGGCAAAGCAAUGGAAUCAUCUAAGAGCAAUGGUGAGUGAAAUUCCUCCACAGCUAGAAUGUGAAGUUGGGCUUUUAAUUGGCUACAAUUGCUCCAAGGCAUUAGCUCCAAGACAGGUAAUCUUAGGAGGAGAGAACGAACCCUACGCUGUUUGCACAGCAUUGGGCUGGAGUAUUGUAG